AGUAAGUGUUCGAGUCCUGCUGCUAAUAUGAGUGUAUGAAGUCAGUCAUGGCUAAUACAGAGGAACUGGAGUCUAUGGCAGGUGUAGAUGUUGGGGCUGAUGUAAAUGGAGAAUCUAUUCCUUGUAUAGAAAACACACAAACAGACGGUCAGGAAACAGAGGAUCAGAUAUAUCCCAACCAAUCAGAGGAGGUCUCUAUAACCGAGACAGACAUGCCUUCUGUUGAUGUCCUGCAAAAUGUCAGUCACCUGGACAGUUCAAGUGCCAGUCCUGUCCCAGAAAUCAAACCCACAUCUGAAGUACCUUCCAAAGAGCCUCUAACAGAAACCCACUCAACACAACCCACCCUGGCAAUGCCGGUUACUAAAGUCCAGCCCUUUGUAACAGAGGAAAAAACCCUUCGCAGCAGCUUGUUUGCACGCAGGAUGGAGAUACUGAUCAUUACUUGUGUCCUUCUCACCCUCAUUAUAGUGCUUGGCAUUGGACUGGGUGUUGGACUGAGCUGUGCUGGGAAGUUUCGAUGUUUCUCCUCUAGGUGUAUUAGCAUUUUGGAACAGUGUGAUGGGCAUUUUGACUGUGAACAUGGAGAAGAUGAGCUCAGCUGUGUGCGUCUGAGUGGAAAGAGCUCUGUACUUCAGGUGCUUAACGAUGGAGUCUGGAGGACUGUUUGUGCUGAGAACUGGAACUCCAACCUUUCACUCUCGGCUUGCAAACAGCUUGGCUAUUCCAGGUUUGUGGAGUCAAAAGCUCUUCCUCUGUCCUCUAUUGAGCAGGAUUACCAGAAUAACCUAAUCUCAGUACGACUGAACCAAACAAGUUUUCAGCAACCAAUCAAGAUACACAACAUAACUAAUUCCAGAGGAAACUUCAAUGUGUGUCUUAGACAGUUUUGGGAGUGUAUGGAAAGUGCCACAGCAGCUAAGCCUGUUGCACCCUUGGAGUGGAGUUUGCCAAGCACAACAUCACCAAAAGCACAACCUUUCAACGUCCCCAGGUCCUUUAAAUACCAGAAUAUGGGUCGUGUAUGA